CUGGAGACACAGAGAGAGAGGGAGAGAGGGAGGGAAGGAGGCGAGUGCUGCUGCAGAACAACAUUCAGCCUGGGCUGAGGAGUUAAACGGUGCACAGCGGCACAUCUGCUUCAUCCAGGCAUUAAUCCUGUUGUGAUAGCCAUGCAGUUCUCAAAGCAGCCCCGUCCUCUGGCUUUUGUGAUUUUCAUCCUGACUUCUGCCCUCUCAGUGACUUCCCUGCCUGCUGACAUAGAGAAGGGAAGGAGAAAGGUGGUGCAUGUGCUCGAGGAUGACACCGGAGCAGUAAUAGUUCAGACAGCUCCUGGUAAGGUGGUAACACAUCGUGGUGGCUCCAUCACUCUGCCCUGCAGAUUCCACCAUGAGCCAGAGAACUCCGAUCCUGCUCGCAUCCGGAUUAAAUGGACCAAAGUGACUGAUGCACUGCAGUUUGAAGAUGUCUUUGUGGCACUUGGAAGGCAGCAGCGUGUGUUUGGAUCAUACAGAGGCCGUGUGUUUUUGGAGCAGGCAGGACCAGGUGACGCCUCAGUGAUCAUCCAAAAUGUCACACUGGAGGACUACGGACGCUACGAGUGCGAAGUCACUAAUGACAUGGAAGACGAUACAGGAUUUGUCAACCUCGACCUAGAAGGAGUGGUGUUUCCCUACUACCCCCGUGAGGGGCGCUAUAAGCUCAACUACCACCAGGCGGAGGAUGCCUGCAAACAGCAGGACGCCAUUCUGGCCUCCCACUCUCAACUGCAUAAGGCCUGGUUGGAAGGGCUAGACUGGUGUAAUGCUGGAUGGUUGGAGGACGGCUCAGUCCAGUACCCUAUCUCUCAUCCCAGAGACCAGUGUGGCCGCAAGGACACCCCCGCUGGCGUUCGUAACUAUGGCUACAGGCACAAAGAGGAUGAGCGCUAUGACGCUUUCUGCUUCACUUCUAAGCUCAAUGGCAAAGUGUAUUUCCUCAAACGCUUCAAGAAGGUGAACUAUGUUGAGGCGAUGAAGGCUUGCAUUCGAGAUGGCUCAGUGGUGGCCAAAGUGGGUCAGCUGUACGCUGCAUGGAAGUUCCAGCUGCUGGACCGCUGUGAAGCCGGCUGGCUGGAGGAUGGCAGCAUCCGUUACCCCAUAGUCAACCCCCGCUCUCGCUGUGGAGGAUCCCAUCCAGGCGUCCGACACCUGGGCUUCCCUGAUAAAAAAUUUCGCCUCUAUGGGGUCUACUGUUUCCGUGAGAACAAGGAUGAAACAGCAGGUGGUACAGAAACGACAAAUAACCUUAAAGAUAGUUUGACAAGGAAAAACAGCAUCCCCAUGAAUGCUACAAGGGUGAUUUAAAGUGGGAAGUCUCAGAGCAAUUUAAGAUUUGACUGCAACAACUGUCGCCUAGCAGCCAGACUCCAUUCAUCGCUUUUAAAGUUAAACACUCACAGACAAGAUGUACUCAUUUGUAGAUUUGCCAGAGAGAAGAAGCGAGGCUGUGUAAAAUUGAGAAUGACGUCUUUAUUAGGGUGAUUUUCCUUUCGUCUCCAGUCAGUCAAUCAUCUUAAGGAGUGAGUAUGUUAGCACAUCUGUCGCCGGAAAACUAUAAGAUUAAACAGCAGCUUGAUCAUCACUCAGGCACACAUCAGAUCAGAGAGUCUGCCAUGAAUAUCCUUGUUUACUCGUGUGUGUGUGUGUGUGUGGAUCAUAUUUUGGCCCCGGCUGUGGCUCCUGAGCCCUGAACUCCAGUCUAAGCCAGAAUCCCAGUGCCAGGAUGAACACAUUCAUUACUGGGUGAGACAGGAUGAUCUGCCUGACUGUAUGGAAAGAAUCCGAGAUGCCCUGUAAGUUUCGAUUGUACCAAGUGUAAUGACCUGUAUCUUGGUGCCAUGCUUGGUUAGCAACCCACUGGCACAAUGUGAGUCUUUUUUCUCAUUAACUAAGACCUGGUAAUCUCAUCAUUAGAGCUGAACAGAUCAAGUAUUAAAUAUUGCACUAGCUCUAAAAUAUUUGCACUUUAACUACAUAGGGCUUUAUUUUAUGAUAGCAUCUUAGCUUAGAAUUAAGCAAGCAUGUGUUGCUUGGCUAAGAGUAGUGGCUGAGGCUGAAUACGCAGAAAUACUAAGCUACAAUAAUUGCUAUUUACCUCACAUACUGCACUUCUAAGCUACAUGGGCCUGCAAUGCACUAUAAAUGUUACAUGCAGCGACCUUUAUUACAGAGUAUGUUUGCAACUGCAGAAUGGAUGGG